AUGGUGUCUCCAGCAAUCAGGGUAGCUCCCUCAGCAGCUAAUCGUGCUUUGAAUCUAUUGCGCACUGUACAAUACACCCACCCACCUAACUGCCCUUGCCAUGGCAACCCCAAUCACCACCAUCACCACAAGCAGACUCCGUCACUGCUCAACCAAGUAAAGCGCCACUUAGCCACGCCUGUGGAUCGAUCGCGUGAGAAGGAAUAUGCCUUCGAGAUGGCUGCGUCAAGCAUCCGCUUCGGUCCGGGCGCCACUAAAGAGGUUGGAAUGGACUUUACGAACCUGGGUGCCAAGCGUGUGUGCAUUGUCACCGAUUCCAACGUUGCCAAGCUCGAUGCUAUGAAGCAGGCCGUGGAGGGGCUCAAGCGUGAGGGGAUUGAAUUCACGAUAUUUGAUAAAGUUCGCACAGAGCCGAAAGAUAGCUCUAUCAAGGAAGCAAUUGAAUUCAGCAAGCCCUAUAGGCCUGAUGCCUUCCUAGCCGUCGGCGGCGGCUCCGUCAUUGAUACCGCCAAAUUGAUGAACCUAUACACUGCAUACCCUGAAGCCGACUUCCUCGACUUUGUCAAUGCCCCACUGGGCAAAGGCCGACCAGUCGACAAGCCCCUUCUGCCCCUUGUAGCAGUCCCAACGACAGCCGGCACGGGCUCAGAGACCACUGGCACAGCAAUCUUUGACCUAGUCUCCAAAAAGGCCAAAACAGGAAUCGCCCAUCGUAACCUGAAGCCCACCCUCGGAAUCUGCGACCCCCUCAAUACCCGCACUAUGCCCUCUGCCGUCCACGCUGCCUCGGGCCUGGACGUCCUCUGCCACUCCCUCGAAUCCUGGACCGCAAUCCCUUACAAUGAACGCACCCCACGCCCCACAAACCCAAUCAAUCGCCCCGCCUACCAGGGCGCAAACCCCAUAUCCGACAUCUUCUCCCUAGCAGCCCUUCGCAGCACAGUGAAGUAUCUCCCACGCGCAGUGCGCGAUCCCGACGACCACGAAGCCCAGUCUGAAAUGCUACUUGCCGCAACUCUGGCCGGUGUCGGCUUCGGUAAUGCCGGUGUUCAUCUGUGCCACGGAAUGAGCUACCCAAUUUCCAGCCAGAACCCGGGCUACAAGCACCACGGCUAUGAAGUUGAUCACCCGAUCAUUCCGCACGGUGUCUCCGUUGCCGUGACAGCGCCAGCUGUGUUCCGAUUCACAGCGGCAUCGAACCCCGAUCGCCAUCUUGCGGCGGCGGAGGCAUUCGGUGUGGAUAUCUCGAAUGUGAAGCGUGAGAGUGCUGGUGAGGUUCUUGGUGCUGCGAUUGCUGAGUUCCUCGUGAAGCUUGGUGGACAGCCCAGGGGACUGAAGGACUUGGGAUUCAAGGGAUCCGAUGUUGAGGGACUGGUUGAUGGAACCAUUCCACAGCAGCGUGUACUUAUGCUGGCGCCAAAUCUGAGCACUGAGUUGCAGGCCGAGAGGGGAGAGUUGAGGAAGUUGCUUGAGCAGUCAUUGGAUUAUUAG